AUGCCGCCACAUAACGAAAAUCGAGUACAGGGAGUCGAGAACCUGUCGCCUCACCAGGACACAUCAGAUGCCAUCAUACUGUUCCGAGGGCAGUUUCGAUACCUUAAAGGGGGUCAUCGGGGAGAACGAAAGACUCAAGACAAAGCGAAGCUCCGAACCGCAUACGAUACGAAUAUUGAAGCGCUAUCCCGUCAUCAAACCGAGUUUGAAAGACAGAAGGUCGAUUUUGAGGAGCAACUUAGCACUCAAAGGACACAAAACGAGUCAAUACUCAAAGCGAAACAAGCAGCCGACGAAAGCGUCAAGAAACGUCAAGCUGAAUUGACGGCACUGCAAGAAAAGCUCGAGUUGCAAUCUUCGUCUGCCAAACAGUUAAUGAAUGAGAUCAAGAAAAAAGAGUCCACCAUCAAUAUCCUCGAAGCUACUAACGCUUCGCAGGAAGAAACUUUGUUGAAAGCAGAGAAGGAGUUAGCAAGGUUCCAAAGUGAACAGGAGUCUAUGCAGGGAGGCAACAAUUGGUAUGUUCACAGGGGUUCGGGAGUUGUAAACUCGGUAAUGAUCCCUCCGCUGGUUCACCAACGGAGACCUUGUUACGACUUUUACUUCCUCUAA